AUGGGGUAUUCAGCUACGAGUCUCGGACGACAUUCUAGUACUUGGUGGUUGUUUGGCUAAAGUUAAGUUGUAUUGAAUAUGUUUGAAAAUGAGAGUCUCUUCGGGCUUCUUUUUGGACCAGUCAUAUCUACAACAUCUGCGUUAGGCCACAUAAAAUAAAUUCCUUGAUUCUCAUCACCGCCCGACUGUAUUUUAAGAGCCGCGUGAAAUUUUUUUAUAUUUUGUUAUACAAUAUAAAUGUACCGCCCGACAAAAUAUUUCAAGACAGUGUCGUAGACUGACCUGUGGACUGACGCACGCAAUAAUAACUUUAGUUAAGAACUGUCAAUCAAAAAAAGCGAAACAGUGAGCGAGACGAGACAUGGCGAGACGCGUAUACUUUUUUUAAGGAUCGUGACUAAAACACCACACGAGUACAUACGAGUAAUACACAAGUACAUACGAGUAACAUACGAGUAACACACGAGUAACAUACGAGUACACACGAGUAACAUACGAGUACAUACGAGUAAAAUACGAGAAUUAGCACGCUUUCUUUAAAGUUUUUUUCACUUUCACACUUUCACUUUGGCUUCGUAUUAUGUUCAUGUUUUAAAUGCCUUAUUGACAUAGGCGUACGAGACAGGGGGGGGGGGCAACUGCCCCCCCCCCCCAAAUUUUGGAAAACCAUGGAAAUUCGAGCAAACGCUAGGAAAAAUCAAGAAAAUUCGGGCAGAUUGAUGAGAAAAUAUGUUAAAACUAGGAGUUACUAUCGCAAGGAAAAUGCUGCCUCACCCCCCGAAGGGAUGAAAGGCAGCAUGCACAAUUUGCUCAAUAAGGGGCUGUUAAUAUGAUCCUGCUUUGCCAGGACAAGAUGUGUGAAGCUGAAUUAUUUUGAUGUAUUGAAAUAAGUUAUGGUCCACAAUACAGCAAUUAACUGUAAUUAUAAUUAACUAAAUUAUAAUUAACUGUAAAUGACAGGUUGUUCAGGCAACAAUAAUCAGGGGCGUCGGAAGCGGGGUGGGGGGCUGGUCCUAAAUGUCUUUGGGCCACCCACUUUUUAACAAUUGUCAGUAAACGUAAUAAACCACAAAGGACAUUUUGUUAGCUUUAGAACUCUGUAAAUCUCCUAAAGUGCAGAACAUGGCAUUUCAGUGAAUAUAGUUUUUAAAUUAUCCCGGGGGACAAGCCCCUGGAUCCCCUACACUGUUAUCUGUCAUCACCCGCCUUCCUCCCCCACUUUUACAGCCGUUCCGACGCCCCUGGUAUGUGGUGGAGUUGCAAGUUUGCCCGAAUUUUUAUGGAGAAUUGUAAAGAAAUAACCUGAUUUUAACAUAUUUUCUCAUAAAUCUGCUCGAAUUUUCUUGAUUUUUCCUAGCGUUUGCCCGAAUUUCCAUGGUUUUCCAAAAUUUUGGGGGGCAGUUGCCCCCCCCCCCGUCUCGUACGCCUAUGUCAAUAAGGCAUUUACAACAUGAACAUAAUACGAAGCCAAAGUGAAAGUGUGAAAGUGAAAGAAACUUUAAAGAAAGCGUGCUAAUUCGCGUAUUUUACUCGUAUGUACUCGUAUUUUACUCAUAUGUACUCGUAUGUACUCGUAUUUACUCGUAUGUUACUCGUGUGUACUCGUAUGUUACUCGUGUGUACUUGUAUGUUACUCGUGUGUUACUCGUAUGUACUCGUAUGUUACUCGUAUGUACUCGUAUGUACUUGUGUGUUACUCGUAUGUUACUCGUAUGUACUCGUGUGGUGUUUUAGUCACGAUCUUUUUUAAGAUAAUAGAUUCUACUCAGAUUUUGUAAACAUUAUUAUUGAGAAAACGAACAGUGAAGGGACGAGAGACGAGAAGAUUGUACGAACGGGUAAACUAGAAAUAAGUAUUUAUAUUGGGCGUAAUAAGAAAAGUUAUAAUAUCAACACGAGAGAAUAUAUUAUUUCAUACAAUUUUACGGGGGCAACAAUAUUUACUACACCUGGCACCUCCGACGCGAUACAACGAGAUAUAGCUUGAAACACAGCAAAGAUACGCUAUCUUCGGUGAUGGAGGCCCCUGAAUCUAAGUUAAAAACCAAGUUAUUACAACUGCAAAUGACCGUGAGUAGAACUGAGAAAAUACUUCAGACAGAGAGCCAGCACCCUAUAGCACGUCAACAAACGGCACUUGAGACAAUAACAACCGAGAUAGAAUUACUGAAGGGAGAAGUCGAAGCGAAGAAAAUUACAGACAAAUUACGAGAUAGAGAAAUGGAUUGGGGAAAUUGAAGUACAGCUAGCGAAGGCAGACGAAGAAGUUAAGCGACUACAACAAUGGCAAGAUCAAAUCACAAGCGAAGGGAAACAACGCGAGCGAGAAGAACAAUUACACCACGAACGCGAACUUUAUGAGGCGAAAAUAAAACUGAAAUCUGAAUUAAAACUUUCAAGUGAAAACGUCGGCGCCAAAGACGAGGUACAAGCGAAACUACCUAAGUUAACAAUUACUAAGUUUAACGGGACAUACCAAGAUUGGACAAGAUUUUGGAAUCAGUUCAGUGAGACAAUCGAUAAAAGCGGAAUUCCAAGCGUUACAAAAUUCGCUUACUUACGCGAAUUACUCGACACAAACGUAAGAAAGACGGUAGAAGCUCUACCGUUCACUGGUGAGGGCUAUGUCAGAGCCAAAACUAUACUAGAAGAGAAAUAUGGGAAAAAAUGCGAAAUUAUAAAGGCAUAUACGAAACAAAUUCUCGAACUUCCGGUGAUACCAAAUGUAAACAUUAAGAAAAUUCACGAGUUUUAUGACACUUUGAUGUAUGCCGUGCAGUCUUUGGAAACUAUGGGAUGUUUGCAGCAAGUUAAUGGAAAUGUGGCUUUAACACUCGAAAAAUUACCAGGAAUUCGUGGUGAUCUUGCAAGAACCGACCCUGGACGGGCGUUGAGAAACUUUACAUGA